CGCCAUGUUUUUCAGCAGGAGUGGGCUGAUGUUUCAGUGAGAUUUCAUCAAAAGUGGGCAAUCCUGCGCUCGCUUCGUAUUUCAGCAGACCAUCGUCAGUCCGCCGGGAAAGGCGGGUCGAGCGCUACCUGAACGCUCCGGACGAUGAAGUAGCCGCUUUAGGAGCGCGCGCCUUUCUAGUGACGCCGGAAGAAAACGGACGCGCGCAGACAUUCAUCCACUCAUCUGUGCCAGAACACUGAAGGUUCAGCAAAAUGUAUCAGAUCCCAGUGAAGAACCUUACCAAACUCAGACGACCGAGGAAACGGGUCAAAAGUAUUUUGUGUGACAUCGGGAUGCAGCAGUGUCAGGAUAUGCUGGAGACAUAUAAAUGUUUUGAUGCUGGUGAUGCAAGCUUUGACAACACAGAAUGGGAUGAUUUCACUGACGGUCAUGUUGGCAAAAAGAAAAAAAAGUAUCCAUACCGAAGCCAAAGUCUGUGCUGCAGUCUGUGUUGGUACUCCAGCCGGUCGGUGCCCACAUUCAGAAGCCACAUCCAUCGCUAUCACUGGAAAAAUCUGGAUGGGGCCUGUUUGUUAAUGUGCCCCUACUGCCCGUUUGUCAGCUCUCCAAAAGUCACAGAGCAACACAUUCAGUUUUUCCACAUGCUGCCAUCAAGAACCCAUCAGAGCCACCCUAGCCACACUUUGGCCCACACACCGAAAACCAUAUCAGUUACAGUUUCUGCUGACGCCGCAGACGACAGAUACACUUGCGCGACCUGUGGUUAUCAUGACUCUUUAUUAUAUGUGAUGAAGAAGCACGUCCUGGUAAACCACUUUGCCACGUUGCUGGAUCGCUACUUUGGCCUUGGGUCGGAAAGUGCACCAAUGGCUGGUCCGCAGAUACGUGAUGGCGCACCUGUCAAAUAUCACUGCAAACUGUGCAAACUGCCAGCAGAGACCAUUGAACAUUUACUGUACCAUAUUUUGAGUUCAGAGAAGCACAAGGAGCUACACUGGCAAAUAAUGCCUUGUAUAAUUGAAAAAGAAUGCAUGAACCAAAUGGCUGGGCUGCAGAAUCUGCUGAACCUUGCACCUAAAUCGAUGCAGCCAGUCACGCUGUUUGCAAGACCGAACUAUAUGCCACAACAGACGCAACAAACCAAUGGAAAUGGCACAGUUCUUCUGGCCGGCCCAAGCAAUGCGGCUGCUCUGUUUUGCUCUCCUGGUGCAGGCCAGAUGUUUUUAUCUCCACAAACUCAAGCUCUGCUUUCAGGCACGACUGUGGCUGCGCUUCAGAAUGCUCAGCAUUCACAGUCCCAUGGCGGGAUGUCCCAAGUUCUGCCUACCUCUCCAGUAGUCAAACCCCUUAAUAUGGUAAUGCCAAACAUGCCACAGAACACACCCAAGACGGUACCCAUCACGAUGACUGUGCCCAGGCUACCACCGCCCCAGCAAGCACCGCAGGUUCUUUUUCCUCCUGGCGUCCAGGUCAACCUCCCUACCGAAAUGGGUGUACGUUCACCAUUUCUUGUUACUCAAGGUCUUCAGCUGAACCAGUCAGUUCCCAGAGCUCCCCUCAUCACCUCGCAGUCUGUGCGUCUCAUUCCCACAGGCAACAAAGUCAACGGUGUCCCGACCUACACUCUAGCACCCGUUCAAAUGACGGUUCCCGUCCAUGGCGGACCCCCUCAAAUGGUACUAGCGCAAAACCAGAUUAGCCAGCCUCCAAAUUCAGGGCUCAUGCCUCCAGUUCAGAGGGCAAUGAAUAAAAAUUCCAGACCGAAUGAACUUGCUGUGCAGGCGCCGUUUUUGAAGAAACAUGAUAAUCAAACUGUCAAGUGCCUGAGGUGCAAGAUUUUACUGACAGAGCAGGGUAUUUUCCAGCAUUUGUUGCACGGCUUGAAGUGUCUGUUCUGCCCUCAGAUGUUCUACUCCUUCAAGCAGAUAAUGGAGCACAGCAAGAAAGAGCACAGUCUGAAAAUCAAAGACAACCGACUUUACAUAAAGGAGCAGUUUAGUCUCGACUGUGAUGAUGAGGGCAACCUCAUGUUUAGCACUUUUAAUCUGAACACGGAUGUGCCUAAAGAUCUGCUUGACAACCGAGAGCUUAACCUUGCACUGGUCACCAGUACUAAAGACAAGAUUUACAUAAAAAUGUAUCCAGACAAGGCAGAAUACACAACUAUGUUGAAGUCGGCACCAAACGCCUGUCCAUUUUGUCAAGUAAAGCUCCAGAACCCUGAAGACUACGAGCUCCAUCUUCAAACGAAACACCACAUAGUUCCCACCAUCCAUGCAAUACUAAAAACGCCUGCAUACAAAUGCAUAUAUUGUUUUGGGGUGUAUACUGAAAAAUCAACACCUAAAACUAUCUCCAUUCAUGUGCAACGGUGUCGUUGUGCUCCUAAAGCCGUGAAGGAAGCGGAGAGGAAACUGAAUCCUGAUACAUCUGAAUCUCAAGACGGUGAUGUAUGCAGCUCUGUACAGAUGCCCGCUUCUUCAGACGUGACCUUCCAGGGGGCACCUGAAUUUCCCAAGCCAAAGAAAGAAGCUGUCACUCCGAGGAACAGGAGAAGGAACACAAAGGCUUCCAAGACAGGAACUCCAGUCCCCGAAACCCCAGUUACGCUGGUCUUGGAACCAAUGGGAAUGGAGAGGACAUCAUUUGAGGACAGAAAAGACUUCCUUUCACAGUACUUCCACAGAAAGCCAUACGUGACAAAGACAGAAAUCGAACUGCUCGCUUCCCGUUUGUGGAUAAACAAGGCAGACGUGAAGGCGCACUUCAACAGCAAGCUCACCAAGUGCUUGAAAGCGAUUCAGAAGAAGAGGGUUUGUGUACGUCUCGGGUUUAAAAUGACUGAAGUGAACAAACUCAAGCACAAGCUCUUCAUUCCUGAGGUAAAGCCUGUUAAAAGGAAAGACCCGAAUGAGGUAAACAUCAGCAGCCUUGUUCCAGUGGUGACUGUUAAAACAGAACAAGUGGAUGCAACGACACAACAUCCCCUCUUCAUCCCGGAGGUACCAGUAACUAUUAAAAAAGAGGAGGAAGUGUGUGAAAUGGAGCAUGGCUUCAUCAUCCAAGAGGUGACUGUUAAACAAGAAGAAGUGAAUGAAAUGGAAGAUGAGCUCUGUACAAAUGGCUAAUCGUGUUUUCGAGAUGAAUUAUGUUUGUAUACAGCAUGUUGCGAAAUGUUUAUUUAAAAAUACUUGAUUCACACUUAUAAGGAGGUUUGCCUCUGGGCAUUGGUGUAUGGAAAAAGGGGAAGCUACUGCAAAGACUUUACAAUUUUGUAUUUUUGUUGUAUAUAGUUCAUAUGAUGAUGACAUUAAAAGGUUUUUAUUACAUAUCUCUAUUGCAAGAAAAAAAAACAACACUCGGGUUUCCCAUCUUUUAUAGUCAUCUUUUUUUGUUGUUUAAAACGUUUGUAAUUUAAAUUUGGGGACAUCAGUAGUGAUAAAGUUCUGCAUUUAACAUUUUUAUGAGUACUGUACAGAGAAUGAAGGCUUUGGUCAACUAACUAUUAUCAUUAACUUGCGAAUUAGGCAGCAUUUCAUCCCUUUGAAAGGGACACUUUGUUGUUUUCAUGUUCAUUUCCCCCCCUCAUAUAAUACACCGUUUCAAUUUCAGACAUGUGGAAAAAAAAAAACAAGUGCCUCCGUGUCUUAUUUAAAGUUUGCAGUUGUAUUUGGCUGUUGGAAUAAACGUGACUAAAUAUUAAA